ACAGUAUUCAUGAAGGAAUCGUGUGUCUCUUUCCUCUCUUUCCAUAUAUAAAGUAUUCACCUACGUUUAUAACAACACCUCAUAAACCAAUACACAAGGUUCCUAUAAGGUGUGAGAGUUCCUUGUACCUGUAGAAAAAGAAAGAAAGCUGUGUGUGUGUGAUUGUUUAGUUUUUGCGUGAAGCUUUUGGCCAGAGAUGGAGCAGCACAAGAAUAUUCUCAACAACAACAAGGAAGAAAACAAGAGGAACAUGAAGAGUAUAGAAGGAGAUGAGUAUAAUAUGGGUGUUCCAGUUCACCUCCAAGUGAUAAAGAUCAAGCAAGAAAUAGAGAAAAUCAUGCACCCUUCACUGCAGGAGCCAGAGAUGAGACGUGUUCUUCUCCGAGGAUUUACAAGGCAGAGGUCACCUUCCCCACUGGGAUUGGCUAAGAGACCUAUCUCAGUUUAGCGGUACAUGAUUAUAUGGAUUCCCAUGUACUGUGUGGUUAUGGUCAUGGUGGUAUCUAUAGUUAUAGACUUAGGAACUCUUCCUUUGUUUUGUUUUUGUUUUUUUCGGAACCCACCAGGUUCUGUGUUUUGGGGUUUAUUUCAGUUGUUGUACAUAUAGUUGAUUUUAGGAUCUGGUGGGAAUAUUAGGAUAUGGUGAAAGUCUUAUGUGAUGGACUAAUAUAGUUCCAUACUUCCAUGCUUUCUCUUACUUUGGAUGGACUGAGAUGGCUUCUGUUUCAUUCAAGUUUUGCAGAUUGUGAUGGAAUACCAGGAUUUUGUUCUACCUUAA